UGUCUUCCACCCCCAAUUCCUUCUUCAACUCAGUUUCAACUUCUCCUUUCUUUUCCCUAAAACCCUAGAAUCUUAAACCCCAGAAUAAAAAAAGGGAAAUUCCCACUCGCUCAAACUCUAAAAUCGAAGAGAUGACAAUUCUCUUUCACUUCACAAACUCAUUUUCUCAAUCUCUCAAAGAAUUAGAGGGUGGAUGAAAAGAAGAAUGGAAUGAAGAAAGGCUUCCCAUUUGUGACUCUCUCGCUCAAACCCUAAAAAUGAAGAGACAAAAUACAUCGCUCUUUGUUGAAGAAGCGGUAAUUAAGCAACAACAGUCAAAAUGGGGAUUGUCUUCAAAAAGUAAAGAACAAGAUAAAGGUCUAAGAAUUAUACAUCUUUGCAAUGGAAUUAGGAGAUACGAUGUUAUUGAAUGUGACUCUAUGAUACAAAAGGGCCUUGAAAACACUGUCAAGGAUUAUGAUGUUGCACUGGACUUGGAAUUGGACUCAAUCAAUAAGCUCUUGACCCAAUGUCUUACCUUUUAUCAGGUUACUCGUAAUACGAUUAUGGAUGGUAUUGAUUUUUAUAUAACUGAAACUUUUGGGGCUGGAGCUAGUAAUUAUGAAGGCGGUCCAUUAUAA